AUUGACAACUACUUCAAAUUUCAGGCUCUUAAAGUCGUCUAAUCUUACCCCAGAUAUGGAACUUCCUUCACCAAUGUCUUCCUACACCAGUAUAGAAUUUUCCCCCUUGUCUCUUUGUUCAUGGGAUGAGCUUCUUUUCUCUCACCAUAUGAUCUCCAAAUUCCAAAUAAAAGAAGAAGAAUACAUAUUUUCCCAUGAUCGCAAUGAGGAUCAGUAUGAGCAUUCAUUCAAAACAGGUCCAAACAAAACCUUACACAACGACAAUGAGACCUUAGAAGUGAUCGCAAAGCCAAAAGAAGAGCCUGAAGUCCAGAAAAAGCGGUUCAUAGGCGUCCGAGAAAGACCCUGGGGAAAGUUUGCAGCAGAGAUAAGGGAUUCCACUAGAAAUGGGAUUAGGGUUUGGCUGGGGACAUUUGAUAGCGCGGAAGAGGCAGCUUUAGUUUAUGAUCAAGCAGCAUUUUCGAUGAGGGGUUCCUUGGCUCAACUCAACUUUCCAAUGGAGAGAGUGAAAGAGUCUCUAAAAGGGAAAUACUACAGUUGUUUCAAAGAUGGAUCUUCACCAGCAGCAGCUAUAAAGGAGACUCACAGGGUGAGAAGGAUUUCUAAAAGCAAAAGAAACAGUAAGCUUCAAGUGUGUUCAAAAACUCCUGUGGUUUUUGAGGAUUUAGGAUCUGAUUUGCUAGAACAGCUCUUGUUUACAUCUGAGAGUUUUAGUUCUAGUUCUAGUUCUAGUUCUAGUACAUGUUCAUAGAUUCGAUUUACCAUAUACUUUGUGAACCAGUUUUCUGUCGUUUUUGCAACUUCUACGUUUUUCAACAAGUCAUGAUCUGAGAGUUGAAGUACCAG